AUGAGUGGCUUAAAGGAAUAAAGCAAUACAUAGCAGCAGCAAGUUGUUAACAAUAAAAGCAUUAAUUUAGUUGAGGCAAAGCAGAAUAAUUAAAGCUAAACUAAAGAUUCAUUUAAUCAAGGUGAUUAGACUAAGGAGAAGAAGGUUGAAAUUAACAAUAAUUAAAAUUUUAUGAAUUACGAUGACAUUUAGAUCAAUAAAGAAGAUGAUGAGGAUAAAUAUAUCCUCAUGGAGCUAAUUGCGAAAAAAAAUUCUUAGCUCAUAGAUUAACCAUAAAUUGCUGAUUUAUCUGCUAUGAAGGAAUCUAAAGUAUCUCAAGGACGCGUUUUAUCUAGAUAAAUUGAAAAUAACUCAAUAGCAUCAUAAUAGACAUAGAAUACCAAUAAUAAUAAUUGUCAAGGAUUUAUUGAUAACAACUAACCAGUUCUCCCUAGUCUUUCUUAGCUUGAAAGGCGUCGUUACAUUAGCACAGAAAUAGAACAACAAUCUUCAAAUAUUUCUAGUAAUAAUUACAUGGAUACCUUGGCUGCCCAAUAUACUAACACAAAAAGUAGAUAUGCUGCAAGAGCUGCAGCUCUAGGAUAAGGUAGUGUCCAAAGCAAUAGCUAAACUUAAAACCAAGAAUAAAGUGAAAAAUAAUAGCUUUAAAUUGGACUUCAAGGGAUUAAUCAGUAAAUUUAAUUUAAAAAUCCUCCUCCUAGAAGUUAAGUGUAAUACUAAUCAGGUCUUUCUUCCUCUCAAAGCCUAACUGUUUAGAGAGAUUUUCACAUAUACUAUUAAAUUGGAAGCAGUAACAAUACAGAUAGCAGUAAAUCAUAUGAAGACGAUACUCUAAUGAUGAAUUAAGAUGCCAACGAAAUGGUUAAAGUUCCUAUUGAUGAAAUAUAAGAAGAUACAACUGUAUAGGAUGCAAUCCAAUCUGCUGUUUGUCAAAUAAAUAAUUACUUCUCCAUAUAAAAGGCUAAUUAUAGACUCGAAUAUGAUGAUAGUCUAUAUGACAUGUAUCUUGCGAAAAAGAAUGGAGAAAAAAAAUCUCUCCCAGCUUUAUACCCGCUUGAAAAAAUGAAAAAAUUUUCCAACUCUAACAUGGUGCUUAUCCCUAAAGAUGGAUCAGCAUUAAAAAGACUUGUGCUUAACGGAUCUCCUAAAAAAUACAAAAGUAAUAUUAUGUCAGAUUAAAAAGCUCCUAAUAGAGAAACUAUUAAAGAGGAAUCUUUUAUUUCAAAUAACCAAUCUCCUACUAACUCAUACAUCUUCAAUUAAACUAAUCGUAACGGCUCUUAAAGUUAAAAUAAAACUUCAUCCUCUUUCACAGGUUAUCCUCCAUAAAAUAAUAAUAAUAACCCAAAUACUCGCAAAAGUAUGCAGUCUACAAUUACUCAAAAAUAAACAAAAAUAGGUAAUUAAGAAAGAGAAGGAGGUGAUUCAGAAAUAAUUUCUUCUCCCUCUAAAUGUUUUCCUUUCUUUUGUUGUAUGAGAGGAAAUGGAUCAUCUAGUAACAAACAAAGUAGCUCGUAAUCAAAUUCAUCUAAAAAGCGCUCAACAAUUGCAACUAGUUGA